ACAAUCAUUUCUGACUUUGAUUCGUACUCGAAACGUUUGGAGAAGCAAUAGUGAAAUUGCAUUUUUGCAUUUAAAGCGUUGUAAAAUUAUUCCCGUUCUUGUCAAUUUGAGGUACUGAUAACCAAAUUGAAACAUUAUGCAACGGAUUGCUGUUAUUGGUGGAACCGGCAUGACCGGUCAAUGUGUUGUGGACUACGCAUUGGAGAAGGGUCUUAAGGUGCGAUUACUUUACCGCACUGAGCCCACAGUUCCAGAACGUUUCAAAAGCAAAGCUCAACUGGUUCAGGGCGAUGCAACUAAAUUGGAGGACGUUAAGAAUCUGAUUGAGGGUGAUGGCGGCGUUGAUGGCGUUUGUGUUAUAUUGGGCACACGUAAUAAACUGGAAGCCACCACAGAGCUAUCACGCGGCACCGAGAACGUCAUCAAGGCCAUGAAGGAAGCUAAACUCACGAAGUUCUCCAUUGUCAUGUCUUCGUUCCUUUUGCGUCCGCUUAAAGAAGUUCCCGCUGUAUUCCACAAACUAAACGAGGAGCACAAACGCAUGCUGGACUUGACGAAGGCUUCCGGUUUGGAAUACAUUGCAAUUCUACCACCGCAUAUUGCCGAUGAACCGGCCAGUGGUUAUACUGUAGUCCAUGAUGAAGCACCGGGAAGAUUGGUAUCCAAAGACGAUUUGGGCAAGUUUAUUGUGGACUCCUUGGAUCAGCCAGAGCAUUAUGGCAAAGUCUGUGGCAUAGCCAAAAGUGCCAAUGCCAAUUAAGAUAUCCAUUUAAAUGUAAAUGAACAGGAAAACGUACAUCAAACUGUUGUCGGUUAUUUUUUCAAAAACGUACAAAUAUCAAUUAGAUCCAAGCCUUUUACAGUUCAACUACCCAAUUUAUAUAAAUAUACACACAAAGUGUGUAAACGUUCCAUUUUUGAUUCAAUGAAAAGAGAAUAAACAAAUUUUAAUUGCAA